UCGUUCCAUCCACGCGCCACCUCCGUUUCGAAAAUGAGGGUUUUCUGUGUCUUAGUGUUCAGUGUUGCGCUCGUCCUCGCCGACGAGGCCGCCAAGCAGGAGGGCGGCGACAAGCAGAAGCGCAGCGGCUUCGGCGACUUCGGCGGCUUCGGCUACGGUUACGGCGGCGGCGAGAGCCUCUACGGCGGUUUCGGCCACGGCAGUUUCGGCCACGGCCUCGAAUACGGCCACGGAUACGGCCACGUCAUAGACAAGACCAUCACCAUCAACAAGGAGGUCGCCGUCCCGUACCCCGUCCACGUCGAGAAACAAGUGCCGGUCCCCGUCCACGUCAAAGUCCCCGUCGACCGCCCCUACCCCGUCCACGUCCCAGCACCCUACCCCGUCCACGUUGAAAAAGAAGUGCAUGUCCCUGUGAAAGUCCACGUGCCCGCCCCCUACCCCGUCGAGAAACACAUUCCAGUGCCCGUUAAAGUCCCUGUGGACCGUCCGGUGCCCUACGCGGUGGUGAAGCCCUACCCGGUCUACAUCGAGAAGCAAGUGCCGUACCCGGUCGAGAAGCACAUCGCUGUGCCCGUCAAGGUGCCCGUUGACCGCCCGUACCCCGUUCAUGUACCGGUUGAGAAGCCUGUGCCGUACCCAGUCGAGAAGCCAGUUCCUGUACCCGUCCCUUACCCGGUCCAUGUUGAGAAGCAUGUGCCGUACCCUGUCCACGUCAAGGUCCCCGUCGACAGACCCUACCCUGUCCACGUGCCUAAACCCUACCCAGUCACUGUAGAGAAACACGUCCCAGUGCCCGUGAAAGUUCCCGUCCCUGCACCCUACCCGGUCGAGAAGCACAUCCCGUACCCGGUCAAAGUCCCCGUCGACAGACCUUACCCCGUCCACGUACCCAAACCCUACCCAGUCUACGUCGAGAAGCACGUUCCUUACCCAGUGGAGAAACACGUGCCUUACCCAGUCAAAGUCCCAGUCGACCGUCCCUACCCAGUCCAUGUCCCUGUCGAAAAGCCAGUGCCUUACCCAGUCGAGAAGCCCGUGCCUUACCCAGUCAAGGUCCCAGUCGACAGACCUUACCCAGUACAUGUGCCAAAACCAUACCCAGUCCACGUUGAGAAGCCAGUGCCUUACCCCGUCGAGAAGCCUGUGCCUUACCCAGUCAAGGUCCCCGUCAAGGUACCUGUUGAAAUCCAUGUUCCUGUAGAGAAGCCUGUCUACGUGCCAGUCAAGGAGCACCACCACGAAGAACAUCAUCAUGAUGAACAUGAUUACCCGAGCUACGGCAGCAGCUACAGCUACAGCACCUACGGAGGUGGAUACGGACAUCACUACUGAGGUGCCCGCGUCUGAAAACGGUCAAGUAUCCUUCCUUCACGUAGCGCCCGCAAAGAGUCCUGGGAGACCUGCAACAUUCCGGCGAACAAGGGCAGAGACUUUUCUUGCGGUGCGUGAGGAUCUCAUUAUUUACGUGUGAUUUUUCCUGUGUCAACGAACUAUCGCAGGCGUCGACUGCACCACGCCUCUUUGCAUCGAUUCAUGUUUCACUUAAAGUGCAAUACGAGUUGUAUAAAAGUAACUCAAUCACAAUACCAGUGAUAUGUUUCCUCCGUAAGUUACCAUUGUGAUUCCCUAAUUUUACGAUCCGACCCCGCGAGUAACACACUCAACUGUGCAAUAACUCCUUUGAGACUCUUAAGUGUACGUAACGACUAAGAUGAUACAUUUAACUUCACUUUCGAUCAGUGAUAACGUUUUGCCUAAAUCUGUAUACGGUAUUUUGGGGGGAAAUUUUAGGAACUCCUUAAUGAGGAUUUUCCUCAGUUCUAUAUUCGGUAAUCCCUUCCAUUUAUUUUGAUCAAAAUUUAAAUCUAAGGAUUCUACAUAGCUGCUCAUAUUUUUGCAGAGAUUUGAUUAAUGUCUGCCGAAUCAUUUCAACUCGCUCUAGUCAUUUUUGCAUGAAUUACAUUUACUCAGACUUCGAAUUGCGAGUAUGGGAGGCAUUUUAAAGAAAUAGAAUCCUGUAAAGCUACCUCGUAAUCAAAAAUUAUGUAGAAGAUAAUUGUCAAACUUUUUCGCAUAUUUGACAUGAUUUCUGAUUGCCAGGAAUUUCACUUUUUCGUUGUUCGGAAAAUUGGCUAAGACAUCGUUUCUGUAAAAAAAAUUGAUGCCACUUGGAAAUAUUAUUUGGUGCGUUCCAAGUCCACUUUAUCAUCCUUGCCUGAAUGAUUUUAAUAUUUCUGAUUUUCUUCAAAGAUUCCAGACGUCAGUUGUACCUGAAAUUUUAUACUUAUGUUACCAUGUUGGAAACUGAAGUUACCUACCUAAAUAAAAUCAUUCAAGAUAAAAAUUA